AAAAGGUUGCAAAAGGAAUUAUUGGCCUUAACAAAAGAUCCACCAGUUGGUGUUAAGGUGAAUACAGAUGAAAUCACAAAAAAAUUAUCAGAAUGGACUGUUGAUAUAGAAGGUGCUCAAGGAACUGUGUUUGAAGGUGAAAGGUUUCAAUUGCAAUUUAAAUUUGGUUCAAGAUAUCCAUUUGAUUCACCCCAGGUGAUGUUUAUAGGACCUAAUAUUCCACUUCAUCCCCAUGUUUAUAGUAAUGGUCAUAUUUGUCUUUCAAUAUUAACUGAUGAUUGGUCACCUGCUCUGUCAGUACAAUCUGUUUGUUUAUCUGUUGUUAGUAUGUUAUCUAGUUGCAAAGAAAAGAAACGUCCACCAGACAAUGCACUGUAUGUUAAAACUUGUAGUAAAAAUCCCAAGAAAACAAGAUGGUGGUAUCAUGAUGAUUCAGUUUGAUGGAUUAUGAAAUAAUGGAUGGUUGAAGACAUGCAUCUGUACAUCAACAACUCCAGCCUAGAAUGUUAUGUUGUUAUGGGAAUUAUUGUGAUAGUUGACAUUGGAUAUGAGAUAAUAUCAACUAAGUCUUCUUCUUUUUAAAACUGUGAUUUAACUUUAUCUUUAUUAUUUUCUUGAAAAAGCUUCUGUGUUUGGAGCUUUUAUUUAUCAUGGUAAUUUUUGGUUGAUGAAAAAGACUCGGUAUACUGAGUUUCCAUAAGGCUAAUAUUUGAAUCUAAUUCAUUGAGUAUUCAUGACCUACUAGGAUCUGUGUCACAUUCUACAGCAAUAAUAUCAAUAUACUUAAAACUG